AUGGACGUCAACACCGUGGCACGCUUCAGUAUCCAUGCGUUGUGCAUAAUGCUUCUAUCAAUAUUUGCCCAUGUUCUUCGACAGUUUCUUCCUCGAAGCAAAUCAGAGCCACCUAUUGUCUUCCACUGGAUACCAUUCGUCGGUAAUGCGAUCUCGUAUGGGACGGAUCCAUUCGUUUUCUAUUCAAAAUGUCGUGAAAAGUACGGAGACAUCUUCACAUUUGUGCUCUUCGGUAGAAAGAUGACGGUUUACCUCGGUCUCGAUGGCAACGAGUUCAUACUCAACGGUCGACUACAAGAUUUGAACGCCGAAGAGAUAUAUAGUCCGCUUACGACGCCCGUAUUCGGAAAGGACAUUAUAUACGACUGCCCUAACGCCAAACUCAUGGAACAAAAGAAAUUCGUCAAGUUUGGACUGACACAUGAUUCGCUAAAGUCCUACGUCCAGUUGAUCGAAGCAGAGGUUCUUGAAUGCCUUCAAAGCACACCAUCAUUCAGUGGCAGUUUGGGCACUGUAGAUAUUACCGCUGCCAUGGCCGAAGUCACCAUUUUCACUGCGAGCCGGGCACUGUUGGGAGCGGAGGUACGACAAAAGCUGAAUGCCGAAUGCGCCGAGCUGUAUCACGAUCUCGACUUAGGCUUCCGACCGAUCAACUUCUUGAUGCCGUGGGCACCUUUUCCACAAAACCGACGACGCGAUGCCGCACACGCAAAGAUGAGCUCCAUAUAUCUCGACAUAAUCGCUGAACGGCGGGCUUCGGGGAAAAAGGCACCAGACGGCCAACACGACAUGAUCUGGCAUUUGAUGGACUGCGUUUACAAGAACGGCCAGCAGAUCCCUGACCUGGAGAUCACACGAAUGAUGAUCACACUUUUGAUGGCAGGACAACAUUCAUCAUCGUCCUCUAGCUCCUGGAUCAUGCUUCGCUUGGCCUCCCGACCUGACAUUGCAGAGGAACUCUAUCAAGAACAGGUUUCAAACCUCGGUCGUGGAGGCCUUCAGCCCCUUCAAUACGAAGAUAUUGACAAGCUGCCCCUUCUACAGAACGUCGUAAAGGAGACUCUACGAGUCCACUCCUCCAUUCACUCGCUCAUGAGGAAAGUCAAGAACCCGAUGCACGUACCCAACACCAACUACAUCAUUACCCCCGACAAAGUACUCGUGGCUUCUCCGAUCACUACCCAUAUGGACACGGAAUUCUUCCCCGACGCACAUGUGUGGGAUCCUCAUCGUUGGGACGCCCAUGAAGAUGAAGAGCUAGAGCAGGAUAUUGUAGACUACGGAUACGGUAAAGUCUCAAAGGGGACGAAGAGUCCUUAUCUGCCCUUUGGUGCGGGAAGACAUCGAUGCAUUGGAGAGCGGUUUGCAUACAUAAACUUGUGUACUAUUAUUGCGACCAUGGUACGGACCUUGAAGUUUGCGACUAUAGACGGGAGGCCAACAGUCCCUCCGACCGACUAUACCUCCCUGUUUUCUCGGCCCACCCAACCAGCUGUGAUUCGGUGGGAAAGGCGCUCGUAG